UGGCAGAAGGCAUCACAUGGAGUGUGCAAAUUCAGGAUUCCAUCCUACACAUCAAGUGCUGCUGCCACCACGAAGCAAACCAGGAGAAGCCAACCUGCAACUUACCUGCACCAGGAGUUAGGGAAUAAAUUUCCAGCACAAUGUCCUUCCUGAGAGACAACAAUUCAGCUAAAGAUGGUAGUACACCAUCAUUUCAGAGAUGUUCGCUGCCAGAAUUAUAUGCAUCGGUUGAAAAUUUUAGGAAGAACAGAAAGAAAUCAAUUCUCCUAAAAACUCAUGGCAUUUCAGUUAAGGAAGCACAGAAAAUACUUAGUAAAAACCUGAGUGACAAGUCAUUCAUCAGCAGAACUGGUGUGAAAGAAGACCCUCAGUCUCUCUUCAUGAAUACAGUGGUUAAAAAAGAGGAUGAAAAUCUAGAAUCCAUGGCUGAACUUCUCCACCGCACCUUACUGAUGGACCCUCUCCCUCCAGUCCAGCAGCUCUCCAAGUCCCAAAAGAGACUGGCUCAGAGUGGGAUCCCUCCUCCCAUACACACAUUUCCUUAUAACAUUGUGGAUAAACAUUCCAGUGCUUUCCCAAAGGCUGCCAUCAUGAAGAAGAUUCAGAGCAUCAAAAUAUUAGGCAAAAUUGGCCUUUUUGAUUCCACCCAAGAAAAGCCCAUCUAUGAAGACAAAGUUCCCAGAUAUUUUUCAGUAGACCCAGAAAAACAAUUCAUGGAUCUAAGGGAUCUGGAAUGGAAAUAUGUUAAGGGGCUUGUAAAAUGGAAGUACACUACUCCAGUUUCAUUUGAGGACGUAAAAUACAACACUGAGAAGAGAUUUGUAGAGAGCCAGAAUAUGCCUGGUUUUAUUUCCCCACCUCUAGUUCAUAAGUCUUUUGUCAUUUAUCCUGCAAUCAAUUUUCAAAAAGAAAACCUCCUGAAACCUGUUUUUCGCUGGUACCCUCCUACUCUGGGCAGUUUUGACCCAGACCAGAAAAGACGAGAGUGUGGCAGGUGUGUGGCGCUGGGUGUGGUUGGCUCUACGUUCGGGAACAUUCCCCUGGAUGUGGGUGUUGCCCCAGGAUCUUUUUCUCUUUGGCAGCUUCCUGGUUCCACAUGUUCCUCAGCGGCCUAG